CAGAGCGCACGGACGCGCAGUGGAGACAGAAGCGAGCCUCUCCUCGCGCUGUGUGUCUUUAACGCACAGACACAGAGAGAUAAGGCGAGGAGGAGCUCCAGCAACACACGCUCGUACACGGGGAGGCUGUUAGACGCACUUGGAUUACCGGCCAGUCGACUGUCACCGCUCAGAACGGCCGCGGACCGGCGCCCUGCCCCGCGCUCCCCUUACCGUGCGCACCGCCGGUCAUUAAUCCAUCUCAUAAAACAGAAGCCAGAGCCCCCGGACACACGAGCCACAGUAGCAUUUGAUUGAUUUUUUUUAAUUGUGGGUUUUAUCUCCGUGGAUGCAAAAAAAAGUUUAUUUUUUCUUUUUUAAAUGUACUGCCACUGCGUUAAAUAGGGUCGGAGCGCAGCAGCAGGGAGUCAGUCUCCUCCGAGGGAAGGAAACAUCAGGCUUCUCCUGCACAAGCAUCUGUUCUCUGCAGUUUCUCUCAUCUCUUCAAGGCAGAUUUGCCCGUGAGAGGAAGAUAUGAAGUUAGCGGGCUCCCUGUGGACCCUAUGGCUUCUCCUGGUGCACAGGGCUGCAGCAGGGACUGAGCCAAUCUCAGACCCAUCACUUAGGCGUGGACAGAGCAUGACAGAGGGACAGAGUCCGGCGGUGAGCCAGGGUCAAUUCCAAUGUCUUCAGCUGUCCAACAAAGACCACCAAGACAACAGAACCGGUACAUUCUGUGGACGUAUAUGGGAUGGUUUAUUUUGCUGGGAUGAGACACCAGCUGGGACAUCUGUAACACAAAACUGUCCAGAACAUCCUGACCGGGACCCGACUGAAAAAGUGACCAAAUAUUGUGACAAAUUGGGCAACUGGGUAAAAGAAACUGGUUCCACAUGUCAGCCUGAUUCAAAGGACAAAUUACAGGAAAUCCCCCAUUUUUUGAGGGGCGCUGCAGGAGAGUUGACAACCAUUGAGGCCAUUGAGGCCUACAAAGAAAAAAGCAGCGAUGUUCAGAAAAUGGUCUUUGAGAAUGAAAAGAAAUGCUUCGAGAAAAUGGAGCGAGAUCCUCCGUAUGACAAAUCAGGUCUGUUCUGCAGUCGUAACUGGGAUGGCUGGCUAUGCUGGGACGAUACUGCAGCGGGAACCUACGCCUCCCAGAGCUGCCCAAAUUAUUUUACUGACUUAGAUCCUGAAGAAACGGUGAUUAAAUUCUGCAGAGAGGACGGGCAAUGGUUUCACCACGCAGAGACCAAGAGGAUUUGGACCAACUAUACACUGUGUGCUACCACCCAUGACAAAAGACAAAGGGAAGUGAAAAUGCUUGAGAAUCAAUACAAAUGCCUCCUCAAGAUAAAUCGAGAUCCACCUUUGAACACUUCAGGUCUGUACUGUAGACGGAACUGGGAUGGCUGGCUGUGCUGGGAUGAUACUCCAGCUGGAACCUACGCCUCCCAGAGCUGCCCUGAUUAUGUUUUUGCCUUGGGCCCCACAGCCAAGGCAACUAAGUACUGUGGAGAGGACGGCCUGUGGUUUCGCGAUCCAGAGACCAACAGCACAUUGACUAACUAUACACUGUGUGCUGUCAACACUAAGGAGAAGUUGAAGGUAGCUGCCCAGCUCUCCGGAGGCGCUGAGGAUCAGCCCGCUGAUGAAGCCACGGUCAGCCCCACAGUUAACCCCCAAGAACAGGAAAUCGUGCGGAAGAAGAUCCUCGACAGCCAGUACAAAUGCUUUGAGAAAAUGAAUCGAGAUGUACCUUAUAACAAAUCAGGGAUUCACUGCAGUCGUAACUGGGAUGGCUGGCUUUGCUGGGGCGAUACUCCGGCAGGAACGCACACGUCUCAAAACUGCCCCAAUUAUUUUGUGGAUUUUGACCCGACAGAAAGGGCCACUAAGUACUGUGGGGAGGAGGGUCAGUGGUUUCGCCACCCGGACACCAACAGGACCUGGUCCAACUACACUCUCUGCAACGAAAACACCAAGGCAAAAUUGAAGUCAGCGUACAUUCUUUUUUACAUGGCAAUCGUGGGUCACGCUUUAUCCACAGCGUCGCUGCUCAUCUCUCUGGCCAUCUUCUUCUACUUCAGGAGUCUGAGCUGCCAGAGGAUCACCCUCCACAAGAACCUCUUCUGCUCCUAUGUGCUCAAUUCCGCCCUCACCAUCAUCUACCUUGUAGCGGUGGUCAACAAUCCUGAAGUGGUGGGCAGAAACCCGGUCGGCUGUAAGGUGUUACACUUCUUCCACAUGUACAUGCUGGGCUGCAAUUACUUCUGGAUGCUGUGUGAGGGCAUCUACCUGCACACACUCAUCGUGGUGGCUGUGUUUGCAGAGGAGCAGCAUCUGCACUGGUACUACCUCCUGGGCUGGGGCUUUCCACUAGUCCCUGCAUCCAUCCACGCCGUGGCAAGGAAAAAGUAUUUUGAUGACAACUGUUGGAUGAGUGUGGAAACCCAUCUGCUCUACGCGGUCCAUGGUCCUAUAGUGGCAGCGCUUCUUGUGAACCUCUUCUUCUUACUAAAUAUCAUAAGAGUGUUGGUGACAAAAUUGAGAGACACGCACCGGGCAGAGUCCAACAUGUACAUGAAAGCGGUGAGAGCCACCCUGAUCCUGGUGCCCCUGCUGGGAAUACAGUUUGUCGUUUUCCCCUGGAGGCCAGAGAACCGGCUGGCGGGGGAGGUCUACGAGUACAUCAUGCACAUACUCAUGCAUUACCAGGGUUUACUGGUGGCAACAAUAUUCUGCUUCUUCAAUGGAGAGGUGCAAGCAACUCUAAAGAGACAGUGGAUGCAGUAUAAGACCCAGUGGGGUCAGAGACGAAAGGACCACUGCUCGAUGCGCUCCACGUCCUACACGGCCACCUCCAUCAGCGAGGUACCUGCCUUCAUGUACAACCACGACUGCAACAGCGAAUACUUGAACGGCCGCCACAUGGAGGACUCCGAGCUGGAGAAGCUGAAAACAGGGGAUACAUACGCAUGAGCCACACUGAGGAUAAAGAGUGUAGCAGUGGGAAGAGUCAAGGAAGAGCAACAGAGAAACAGAGAUGUACAGUAAGGACGGAAAAUUCAUCCAGUUUUCCCACCAUAUCUCAGUGAUUAAAUCUCAGAGGCUAAUUCUGGUUUAUUCAGCCCAGGGUGAAAAUACGGGUCUGGACAUAAAGAACUCAUUGAGACGGAGAUGGACAAGCUAUGAAACUGACACUUUGACUUUUUUUGAGAACUUUGAUGUUGAGAACUUGUGGCACGAGACAAGAGCCCCUUUUGACACGCGCCACUUCCUAAAGCUGCUAACUGUGUGAGCGCGCUCACAGUAACGGAGGCUUGUGCUGGUGUGGAGAUGGAAAUAACUGUGACUGGGACGACAGCAGGGAGGGGACCGUGUGGGAUCUGUUUGAGAUGAUGGAGCUGAAUGUAAUGGUAGCGAUCACACCAGUUAUGUGACUAAACGGUGAAUGAAUUAUGAUGUGUUGAUGAUGAUGAUGUUGAUGGUGAAGGAGAAUCCUUCCAAACCUCACCUAUACCAAAGGGUACUGUAUGUUGGUCAGCUAUGAAGAGGUGUACUGUCCAGAUGAGCACAGAUGUGGUACCCUGACGGAAAGGACACACACACACACACACCCACCCACCAGUAUUACAAACCUUAUAAAAAAAAAAAAAAAACUCUGUGCUCUGGAAUUGUGUACAUAAUGUAUGUUCACUAUGUUUUAUUUGGAAAAGUGUUUCAAUGUUUUGAAAAGAUUUUAUUUUUGUUUUCUAUGAACAUUUGAUUCUCGCCGGUUCCUCCGUACGUGCUUCGUGUUUGUCCUGUGAUGCUGCACUCCCGACUGCUUUGUUGUUUUGCAGUUGCUGUACUUGUGCCGAUGCCGAACAUCACAGGGCUGAAACGCUAAAUAAGCUAAAUGCACACAUACACACAAAAAUAGAGAGAGAAAAAAAAAACGUUUAUCUUUAUGUUUAACAGCCACAAGAGUUGUUUCACUGUUAUAAGUCUAUGAUGCUAUAGGUUGUGCCAAUGACUCUGACAAAGACGCAGUUUCUCUCAAGCAUGGAGGCUGCUCUGUUUGAACUUAUUCUCGAUCAUCUUUUUGUCACGUUCAGGAUGCCUUUAAUCAAUCUUCUGCUUGUUGAAAAUGUGAAAUUCUUUCCUCUGUGCAUAUUUAUUCAUGAAAUUUGUAGCAUUUUGUAUGAAUGAGCAUCCAGGGCAAAAGAAACAGAGGAGAAAAGAUAAAACGGUGAACGCUCUUGUUGUCAUAAAGGCACAUUUCACUUUCCAAAAACAUGAAUGUGUCCUAUACACAUUCAUAUAACUUCUAUGUCAUGUCAUUGUUGAUUUGUUGUCAUUUUGGAGGAUGAAAGUUAAGAAUCCUGCAUUUAAAUGUGAAUAUAAACUAAGGACUACAGUGAAUUCUCCUAACCCUAACACAACAUCUUCAAAAUCGUCAGUUCUUUUUAAACUCUAAUAAAAGAUGUAUCAUGCA